UCUGUAUAUGUGGAUUAUAUCAAGCGAACUUGAACCUGCAGUGAAUUUGAGUUGAACAUCACCCAUGUAAGUCCAUUCAUCGUCGCUUUCAGAAACGCAGGUGCUUUUCAAACUCGUGAACAGUGUUCAAUGGCCUUUCAAUCGGUUGCAUUUCAGGCGGCGUGUUACAAGUUCAACGUAGGCCUUUGAAAUGUUGUGAGUGCCUGUCAUAUAAGUACAGGGGCGAAUACAACCAGGAAGUCGGAAAUGAAAAAAGUCGGGCAUUGCGUGAAGUUCUCGUACAAUAUGUUAAUGUUUGCAUGCCUUGGGUAGACUCAGGAAGUGGGUCUAGAAACAAAAUAAAGCUGUGAGUUGUCAUGACAUGUACAAGUGUAUGUCUUACGAUUAUCCGCUCUUCCACUGACUGGUAAGAGAUUGCACACCAUGGGGUCGUCGGACGAAAUGUUGCUGCUCCGUUCCUGAGCCAACUUGGAGACACUUCUGCUGAAAGCAACUCAAGGUCCAACAACGAGGUGGUGCGAUCUACGUUAUCACAGUAGGUUGACUAUUUUCGAGAAACCUGGAGCGUGCCGUCAGCAAAGGACAGAGAUGGGAAUGCACUGGCUUUAUGUUCUUACUGUUUUUGUCUUCCCGCCGCUUGUGGCGUGCCUACUCGUAGUGUUGACGUUACUUCUGGUCAAAUAUCACAGACAAGCCCAAAGGAUGAAAAGUUACAGUGAGCUCCUUCUACUGGAUCAAAUCAGAGCUCUUUAUAAAGAUAUAAUAUUUGAGUCCGUGGAUCGCAGCAAACUGGCAUCCAAGGCAGCCAAGAAACGCAGAAGAGUCACAACACACGGCAAGAAACCCAACCGACAAAGUAGCACUGUCGUCCUGAACGAUCAUGUCACCAUCGUGCCCGAAGACUUGAGGAUAAGGUUCGAGCAGUUGGACAUGGGGAGGGUGCUUGGACAAGGUGCCUUUGGACGAGUGUACCAAGCAGUCCUAAACGAUCCCUGGCUGGAAGGCGAGCAGAGCACAGUGGCCGUUAAAACCGUGCAAGAUAAAGGUGACCCCCGCAAGAUCAUCAAAUUUCUGCAGGAAGGGUUAAUCAUGAAAACCUUCGAUCAUCCCAACGUCCUGGGGCUUCUGGGUUUGACCUUUGACCCAGCUGGUCAACCACUUAUUGUGAUUCCUUUCAUGGAAAACGGUGACCUGAGGACCUUCUUGGUGAAGCAAAAGCAGAAGAUUACCCACCCACUGCUGAUACAGUUUGCGUACCAAGUGGCCCUUGGGAUGGAGUAUCUUGCCCGACAGCGUUUUGUGCACAGAGAUUUGGCCGCCAGAAACUGCAUGGUUGAUGACCAACUUGUCGCUAAGAUUGCAGACUUCGGGCUGUCCCGUGACCUGGAGGAGUCAGACUACUACACCAGUGGUGACAAACAGGCCAAGUUACCACUUAAGUGGAUGGCACCCGAGUCAAUGGAAAGAAUGGUGUACAAUAGUAAGACAGAUGUGUGGUCCUACGGCGUGCUUCUGUGGGAAUUAUUCUCCAGAGGGAAGAAGCCCUACCCCGAUCUCCGCAACAGGGAUGUCUAUACCUUCCUCAAGGAGGGCAAGCGCAUGAAUCCACCCAAGUUUUGCCCGAAGAAGAUAUCUGAAAUUAUGCAAGAGUGCUGGAAGGAUUCGUCCAAGAGGCGUUGCUCUUUCAGGCAAAUAGUUGAAAAUCUGGAAGACCUGAUGGCAAGUGAGCCGUGCGGUUCUUCGUCGGUAGCUCUUCCUGGUCGUCCGCACCCAUUACACGCAGCAGACAAUCUGCCUACGGGAGCUGCGGAGUGUACGGAUGACAACGGAGACGACGGUCAUGCACCUGGACCACAACAUACGUACGUAAACCUGGCUGCCCAGAUCAACGACGAAGAGCCGGCAGCAAGCGCGGCCAUCGCGAGGAACUUCGAGAAAGUUCCCCCGGUGGAGGGAUGCCAGGGCCGAGAUCUCGGCAGUUGUGCCAUCCCAAAGGAAAGUACGAGAAAGUGGGAGAAAGGGAAUUCGUACACUUGUGAAGAUGCGAUCAUCGCUCCGUUAAACUAGAAUCUGGGACAUUACGGUUUAUAAAUAGAGAUCACGGUGAUACACAUUCGUGUAUUCAUUUGAGAUCAUUUCAUGCAAUUACCCAGAGUUUGUACAGAGUUCUGUCCGGUCUCAUUUAUUCACCCAAACCCAUCAUAGACGCAUGACACACCCUCCUUAAUGCUAAACUAGACCUUGAUGUGUCAGUGUUAAAGGCCGUAAAAGGCACCGUGGCAUGUGCCAAGAAGGGCUCCCUCUUUGGGCCUUAAGGCCAGUAGUGCAAGCCGAACGGCGGGGUACCUCCUGCACAAGGCUAUAACUACAACCUUGCCACGCUAUUGUUGGCAAACACGGGCAAGCAGGAGCUGGUAGCCAUAAAGUAAGAGCUGCUGAGUGCAAUUUAAGAUAUGGGCGGCCUUUCCUUGAGGUACAUGGCUAAUUUACUGCUAAUGGUGUAUAUAUUAAUCCAAUCUUAUUUGUGGUAGAGAUCGGGGGGCUUGGUGUUUCUUUUGGAUUGAGAAUAUAACCUUUUCUGUACCUAUGCUUCGCCCGAUAAAAGCGCUUUCAGUUCAAAGGGUCUACGGUAGACCCUUUUUCUUUUCAAUGAAUGAAAUGUCGUGCCUUCAUUUUGGUCGGUUUUUGUUUUGGGGUGUUUUUUAAGGAGUUUGCUGAUUUUGAAUAUGUUCUUCCAGCAAACAAGCACCAAGUGGUCAAAAGUAUCACGGAUGCUUCAAAAUGCCAGGAAUGUUCAUAUUCAUAAACAUUUCUGCUUAUAUUUCUGCAGAUACAAAACACAGUUUUAUUAGAUUUUUAAGACAAAAUUAUUGUGCCACCGCCACAAAGAAUAAUAAUGAAUAGAAUACAUAGACAUGCAAAAGAAAGACAAAAACGUUGGAGCAUCGUUACUUUUGUCAGUUUAAAUGGAAAGCAUUACUGUCCUGCUUGUUCUAUAGUGUGUGUUGCCGUAUAUUUUUGUAUAUUUUGAAUUCAAUAAUAUUGAACAUCACCUAUGAAGCUUGCCCACAUAAACAUUUAAAUAUGGCGUGAAGCAUAAUAAAGUAUAAAGUAACUGACAGGUGUGAAUUUCACGAAGAUCCCUGUAGAACAGGGCGUGGAAAUUAUCUGAAUUGUACAGUGCAUAUAUUUGUUUGCUUCUGAUGGGCGAAAUCUGGUACCUUAAUGGCAGAAUGGAGUCAUCUUGGCACGCUACAUGAUUUUACAUCGUACAAGGAAACUUGUUGAAACUGAAUAUUGAAACUGAAAGUGAAGUUAACUUUUUCAUAAUUUUAACUUGAGGGCGUCAGUUAAUUAAGGAAUUACUUAAAACUACCUGACAAAUUAUGACCUCUUUACACGGAUAAAUAAAAUGGAAAGAGUAAACUGUGUAUAUCAGUGUAGCAUGUGCGAUUUUUUAA